GAAACACGUAAAACUACAGAAAUCUAUUUUUCUACAUAUUUGGAUAUAUGUUUUAGCCCUCAAAUGCAAAAAAAAAAAAUCUUGCUCCUGUCAAUGUUGUGCUUUGCAAAUCUCUCUAUCCGAAAUGUGAGAGAGACUAAACUCUGAGUUGAGUCUCUGUUUGGUAGUAAAUUUUUUUGUCUCACUUUCUCGUGUGGGUUUUGUCAGCUAAAAGAGAUGUCCUUAAAGAGAGAGAGAAUAUGAGGAGGACAUGCUUUUUUCCUUUCAGUGUUGAGUAAUCUUCAAAACCCAGCCUUUCCAGCAGUACCCAGUUGCUACUUGCUCCUUGCUCCUUGCUCCAAUACCGUUUUUGUCUCCAUCACCUUGAUUGGGACUAUUUAAGCUGUCGCAAUCUUGGGGUAUAUUUUCAUUUUAUCUCUAUUCUCUUCUGCCUCUAUUACCUUCUUUCUUAAAUGUUUCUUGGGGGGUCUAGUUCCUUUUUUGUUUUUUUAAUUUGUGUGUGGUUGGGGCUGAGGUUUUGACAGUGAAACAAGUCUACUUUUUCUUGUCUGCUUCCCUGUUUUUAGUUAUUUUACUCCCUACACAUUCCCCAAAUUUGUCUUCAAUUUAGAUGUGCACUUAUUGUGCUUUCUAUGAACUUUUGGAUUAGUUGCCUUAGAAAUGCAUCAAAGAGUCCAUACCCAGUUCAAAUCAGCGCUUGAGAAGCAGAUUUGGGAGCAUUUCUGAGAUGGGUUUUUGAUUUUGUCUCUGAUCUGUUGGAGUGGAUACCAACUAUUUGUCAAGAAACCAGAGACAAAGUUUAGGAUUAGUAAAUGCAAGUUAUUGGUGUGAAGAUGAGAGAUUUCCCAUCUUGUUUUGGUGAAAAUGGGGUUCAAAUUGCCGAUUCUUCCUCAUCAAGCACUAGUAGGGCUGCCCAGAAUUUAGUUACUUGUGUCUAUCAAUGCCGUUUUCGUGGCCGGUCUUGCUUGAUUACUGUCACAUGGAGUAAGAAUUUGAUGGGUCAAGGCCUUGGAGUUGGGAUCGACGAUUCGUCAAAUCAGUGUCUCUGUAAGGUUGAUAUUAAACCCUGGUUGUUCUCCAAGAGGAGAGGAUCCAAGAGUUUAGAAGCCUAUUCAUGUAAAAUUGAUAUAUAUUGGGACCUUUCUUCGGCGAAAUUCGGACCCGGGCCUGAGCCUUUGGAGGGAUUUUAUGUUGCGGUUCUGGUUGAUCGGCAAAUGGUUCUCCUUCUUGGGGAUUUGAGAAAAGAAGCUUUCAAGAAAACUAAUGCCAGCCCCGUGCCUUCUAAUGCUGUUUUCAUUGCCAAGAGAGAGCAUAUUUUUGGCAAGAAAGUGUUCAGUACCAAGGCUCAAUUUUGUGAUAAUGGGCAAAUUCACGAUCUUGUGAUCGAAUGUGACACUAUUGGUGUCAAUGAUCCGUGCCUGGUGAUCCGCAUAGAUAGCAAGCCUGUAAUGCAGGUGAAGCGGCUUCGGUGGAAGUUCCGGGGAAAUGAUACCAUUCUGGUUGAUGGGCUUGCCAUAGAAGUUUUCUGGGAUGUUCAUAAUUGGCUCUUUGGUACAUCACUUGGAAAUGCUGUUUUUAUGUUCAAGACAUGCCUCUCGACUGAGAAACUGUGGGCUAGCCAACCCCUUUCCAAUCCAAGUCCAGAGCCAUGGUCUUUUUCGCAGAGAUUUUCAGAUUCUAAAUCACAAUGUCUAGGUUUCUCGCUGAUUUUGUAUGCUUGGAAGAAUGAAUAGAGAGAUUUAAUGGAUUCUUCAUUGAGUGCUAACAGAA